AUGUCAUGGCUAUUUAAAAAAAAGAAACAGGUAGACUUUGGGGGAGAAUUAGACCGAUUGGAAGAACGGUUAGAUGAAGUGCAAUACAAGAUUGAAACCUUGAAAGAAAAGAAAAAAAAUAUCCAGUUUCGAUACUCCGUCUUCUCUUUUCUAGUUUACACGAUAGCGGUUGCCUUGUAUGCCUACCGUUCGUCUCUUCUUGUCGGUCAUCCUAUAUUAUCGAUCUCUUUAUGGAUCCUCCUGUAUUUGAUGGGUGUUGGACUAUUAUAUUUCCUUCGACAUGGCAUAGCAUGGUUUUAUGAGCGACGGCUACGGACUGCGAAGUUGCGUCGACGAAAGUUUCAGGAAGAGAAACGCCAAUUACUGGAUGCCUUAAAAAGUCGAAAGGAAUAUUUUGAAACACAGGCCCUGUUGGAAAAAUAUGGCGAGCAGUCCCCGCGGUCGAGAAAACAGAACGUCGACUUUGGAAAACGUAAAGGAAAGGGUGGAUCUGGUGAACCAAGUGAAUUACCUCCUGGAAUCCUUCCAUCGUCGUUGAAUGAUGCGCAAUCUCAACAUUGGUACGAUAAAGUCUUGGAGGGUCUUGUGGGAGCAGAUGAAAGGGAAGAGAAAAACCGAGAAGCACUCAUUUGCCAGCAUUGCUAUAGACACAACGGGCUUGCUUCUGUUGGUGAACGAGCAAAAUUUGUUCGUUAUGUUUGCUUGUACUGCAAAACAUGGAAUGGCCCUUCUGUCGACUCGGAUCGCGCCUCGAUAAGUUCAUUGACACCAAGAAGAUCCAAGUCUACUUCAUCGUCAAGUAAGUUGUCUGAGUCUCUUCCUGUAGAUACAACACCCGUACCCGAAACAAAGCAUCAUCCUGGUGAUUUGCCUCUCCUAACGUCAGACAUUUCUCCUACGCCUAUCCCUUUUUCCGCGUUCUCUUAUAGGAAAAGUCUUGUGCCUCCUAGUCCUCCAACAUCAGCAGCUGCCAUGGGUGCUACCGACACGGAUUAUCCAGACGUUUCUGUUGAUAGUAUUUAUGACUCCUUUCAUACGGUAGCCAACGAUGCUCCUGGUGUACUCAGCCCUGUCCAAAAACAAUGA